AUGUCUAGAGGCCCGCUGCCUUCUCAGCUUUGUCUCCUGUCAGACUUGCCGUCUCGACCACAGGGCGACAAGGUCAGAUUCCUCGGCUGUGUAACUGCGUACUCGACGCACUCAGCUGUGCUCACGCUAGAGCACAGCUUUCCCAAAGGAUCCGAUAUCAGUGUACUGGUCGACGUUCAACUCUUGCUCAGUACCAUGACUUCAAACCAGACACGCAUCGGCGAGUGGGUGAAUGUGGUUGGCUAUCUCACGCCUCCUCCCCCGGGAACGCGGGCCAAAGGGACGACCCGUGAAGCACCUAUAGCCACCGUCCAGGCACUGAUGCUCUGGUCCGCUGGCCCUCUCAAUCUUCAGCGGUACGAGGCUUCCUUCGCAAUGACUUGA